CUGCAAAGGCUUCAGUCACGAACAUCUCAUCCACCAGCACGCAAGGUCUACUACUACCUCCUCCAUUACAAAUUCGGCCAAAUAGUUUUAUUCCAUCCAUCCAUCCAUCCAAGUGUUUGAAUUUCCACGAUGGAAAUGUCGAGUCGAAGUUUGACGGUAGCCGUGCUGCUGUUGCUGGCCCGGCUGAGCGCUCCGGUGGAGUCGCAGUCGGCCGAGACGAGCGACUGCAGCGGCCAGGACACGACCUUUGAACUGAGGACGGGCUACGUUUUCACGGCGCCGGAAGAGAUCCUGGACACGCGGCCCGACACGCUCCAGCUCUCCGACUGCAUCGACAACUGUCGCGCCAACAGCAGCUGCUCCGCUCUCAACUUUGAGACGGGACUCUGCGUCCUGUUCCGCACCAACGCCUUCGACACUCCCGAGGCGCUGACCAAAUCGCAGUUUCCGGUUUACACAAUUUACGCCCAGAAGAUCUGUUUGGCCAAUGCCAGCGAAUUGUGCGUCGAUCGUCCGUGGGCUUACGAGAUGGUCCCGUCGUUCGAAAUGUCGGCCUUUGUCCGCGAGAAGAAAACGGCGGCCACCCGCCGAGCCUGCAUGGAACUCUGCCUCAACGAAAAGACAUUCCAGUGCCGUUCUGCCAGUUACAACGCCGUCAGCGGGGAAUGUUCGCUGAGCGACAUGGAUCGUUUCUCUGUGACGGCCCGAUCCGCUUACUCGACCACGCCGGACGUGGACUAUUUCGAGACCAACUGCGCCGACGAUCCCGUCAAAAUGUGCGACUUCCAACGGACCGAGGGCCGCAUUCUCAAAACAGUCGACGCCGUUUACCAGGAUGUCGAGGACGAGGAAGCCUGUAAAUCGCUUUGCCUCAAUUCCAACUUCCGCUGUCACUCGUUCGAUUUCGGAGAUACCGGCGAAAAAGUCUGCCGGCUCAGUCAUCACUCGGCCAGCUCCCUCAGCCAAAUUCAGGAUCCUUAUUUGGAGAUUCCGGAAGCGAAAACUUAUGAGUUGACGUCUUGUUACAAUGUGACCAUCGAUUGCCGCUCGACCGACAUGAUUGUCCGCGUCAAAACCAACCGCAUCUUUAGCGGCAAGUUGUACGCCAAGGAGAGACCCAACUCUUGCGUCACCGACGUCGCCAGAGGCCUGGAAUUCGAACUCAAGUUGGGCUACCAGGAUCUCGGCUGCGAUGUCAAACAGGAAGGCCCCGGCAAAUUCUUCACCGAAGUCGUCAUCCAGCAUCACGACCAGAUUGUGACCAGUCAAGAUGUCGGAUUGGCCCUCCGCUGCUCCUACCAACUGCAGAACUACACUCUGACCAGCGGACUGGACUUGUCCGUCGCCAGCCGAGUUCCCACCAUCGCCGAAGAGUCGACGGUGGUUCCAGGGCCGACGGUUCUCAUGAAGAUCGCAGCCCGCCAAGGUGGCGACGUCCAAACGGCCCAGGUCGGCGACCCGCUCAGUCUCUUCUUCGAGAUCCAGGAGCCCAACACUCCUUACUCGAUCUUUGUCCGCGAGCUGAUCGCCACCGACGGAGUCGACAACAGCGAAAUCCUCCUGAUCGACUCCCGCGGUUGCCCGACCGACCAGGAAAUCAUGGGACCCAUCAACGCCAUGAACGGAACCUCCAAGACCCUCCGGGCCCCGUUCGACGCUUUCAAAUUCCCCAACUCGGACGUUGUCCAGUUCAAGGCGCUCGUCACACCCUGCCUGCCCACUUGCGAGCCGGUCCAGUGUGACGUCCAGGAUUACCUGGGCUAUCACCGUCAAAUCGAGUCCCUGGGCAAGAGGAGGAGGAGGCGCAGCGAAGCUAACGGCCAGGACCAGCACAACCUCCUAGUGGUCCAGUCCAUCCGCAUCGCCGACAAGUUCCAGGCGGCCGCCGACACCUCGCCGGCCAAAACCAAGACGGCCUCUACCGAGUCCGAAGUGGCCGUCCUUCGCAACUCGGACGGCCUCUUGAACCAUCACUCGGACAUGCCGCCGUGCCUCAACUUGCUGGGACUCCUGAUGGCCGGCGCUUUGUUCCUGGUGGCCCAGGCCGUCCUCAUCGGCGCCUGGGCAUUCAUCUGGCAGAAGAGACGUCAAACUAAAAUGGCCGAAACGACCAUCGAGAGCGACCGGCGAUUCUUCUCGACCACCUACGCCAACAACGCCUACGCCACUAGUUAAACAACAACACAAAACGACGCAAUUAAGUUCAGCUCAGCUUAACUUAUUUUAGCUUAUCCCUCCCCCCCUUCUCUCCUGGUUAUUGAUUUGUUGAAGUGAUUUGUUCAAGUGCCUUAAUUAUUCAAAUGUGUACCUUUUUUUUAAAUUUUUUCGAAGGAUCGAAUCGAUUGAAUCGAAUCGAUGGCUGAAUCCGAGCAGAAACAGGGAAAAGGGAAAACUGUAAUUUAAUUCUAUUUGCGUGCUAUUAUUCUAUUGGCUUCUAUUAUUUUCUUUUUUCUGGAAAAAAACAAAACAAAACAAUCUGGUUUCGGGUGAAUUAUGUAAUUCCAAUCAACGGUGACUGGGUGUUUGUACUUCUCUGGCCUCAAUUUUUAUGUUUUUUUAGUUUCCCUCGCGACAUUUUUGCGUGUCGCUGACUUGUGUGUUGUGUUUGAGUGCGUGCGGAUGCGGUUAUGGGUCUUCAUUUUUCAUCCUGUUGUUUAUCUGUUUUUCUUUUCUCUUUCAUUUUCAUGGUCCGGAAUUGUUUUGCUAUUUUGGGGUCUCCUGGCAUUCACGUCGGAUCGUUCCCGAUCAAUCGUGUCGUCCUCUGUACAAAAAAAAAGUUAACAAAACAAAACAAAAGUAACACAAACACAACACACAAUUCAAUCGUGUUUCAAUGGAUGCGUCUCGAGAACAGCCAAUAAAAAAUGGAUAAUGAUUUCAAAAAAACAAAAAUGUGUUUUUGGUUUUAAUCGAAUUGUUUUUCUUCUCCGCCAGAUUGCGCGUGAUCGGCGUGAUCUUACGUAAUGAAUUAUUGAUUUGCAGGAGGGGUACGAUCGUUGGACGAGAGAUGGAGAAAGUAGAGCCGACCUCGGAAACUGUACAGACGAUAUGAUUCAAUAAAACACAAAAGAAAAAGGAAAUUAAUUAGAAUCAAAUCAACCGGAUCUAGGGGAGCCCCCCCAAACUGUCACAAUCAUCUCUGUUGUUGUUUUCGUUUUCAAUUUAAUCAUUCAAAUCGUGUCUUUCGAGUUGGGUGUUGACCAAUAGUCUAUAUGUCGAGCCAUGUUUUGUUGAAUCAUCAUUCGUUUGGUGAUUCGUUAGACAUUGUCGACCUGCUGAUACGCCGGGACAUGAAUUAUUCGUCGAAUUUCAGUUGCGAAAUGAUUUCUCUGACCUCUCCAAAAGUCCUGUGACUCGUCUGUGACUGCAAUCCCCUGGUAACUAUAAAAGGUAAAGCUGGCAGACCCAUCAGUAGACAGUAGACUAUAUACAGAGUCUUAUACUAAAUAACUUCUUUACAUCAAAACAUGUUUCGCUUGUUAGUCCUCGUUUGCGCUGUGGCGCUUCCGGCCAGCCAUGCAAUCCCGGUCGAUCCUUCUUCUUCGCCGUCCGGCCAAAUUUCGACCUUUCAGCAGCCGUCGCCCGUCUCGUUUGCCUCUUCGCCAUCGGCAUCCAUGUCUCCGUCUGUCGGCAUGAUGCAGCCAACAGCUGUUGCUGGACGGGUCGUUGAACCUGUGGCUUUCAGCGCCGUUCGGGCCUCCGACAAGAGCCAAAAAUCCAAAUCUAAGAUCUUCUUCGACACCACUCUGAGUGAUAUCGGUUUCGGAUGGAAUUCCAGAAGCAGCGAGUUCAUCUGCUUCUAUCCGGGCUCUUAUUUCUUCACCUUCACCGCAAUCUCCGAUUCCGGCUCCCAUUUCAAAGCCGCUUUGAUGAAGAAUAGCGACGAAGUCGUCGUUGCUUGGGGCGAACGAGUCGGGUAUCAAUCAGCCUCCAAUUCAGUCAUUUUGAAUUUAGACAAGAACGAUCGAGUCUAUCUCAACAUCAAGGAAGGGGAAAUCUACGAAACUUCGAAAACUGGACGUGGCUACACAAGUUUCUCAGGUUUCCGAAUCUAUUAAAUCAUUUUCAGUUGAAUCACCCGCCCCACAAUGUCCUUCGCUUAUUUUUACAUUUCGGUUGUUUUCUACAUUUUCUGAAUUCUGGUGGCAAUUUGUAUGAAUAACUAUUGUUUGGUUUCGUGAGAGAAUAAAGCGAUUAUAUAGAGUGUA